UAGAGACGGACACAUUUAAACUCAAUAUUUAAAACAGUUAUUUCAACAUUAGAACAAAGUUUUUACCAUGGGAUCAGCAUCAUCAGUUAGAAGUGACCAAUCAUACGACAAAAUAGUCAACGUAUUUCAAGCUAUACAACAAAAUAAAUUCAAAGCUGCAAAGAAAAUAAUGUCAUCAGGGGUAGAAAUUGACUGCAUUAAUUAUGUUGGAGCGACACCUUUGAUCGAGACAUGUCGAAGUCGUCAUCGUGCUGCAACAGAAUUAGGAAGGAACGAAUUCGUUCAAUUUUUAAUAGAGCUGGGAUGUGAUGUAAAACGGAAUGAUAUACACGGAUGGACAGCUGUUUUGUAUGCAGAGGAAAAUGGACACGAAUCUAUUGUCGAAAUGCUAGAAACCUGUGAAAUAAAGAAGAAAAAAGUAAUAAGAGAUCAGUUUCCACAUGAAUUGGAAACUAUUUUUGAGGAAGUGUAAUGCAGAAUGUACAAUCAAAACUGUAACAACGAAACCUACUAGUAUAUAACCAAGAUAUACUAAUCAUGCAAAACCCGG